GCUGAAGAGUUUGUAAAAUAUAACUUGCGAUUUCUGAGCUUCCUUCUCUCCCUAACUCAAACCCAAAAAACAAACCCAAAAACAAAGAAACCUUUUUCGAAUCUUUGUUUUCAAGAACUACAGAAGAAAGAAUCAAAAAGAAGAUUCAAGAACAACUAAUAGAAAGAAAGAUUCCUUAAAAAGAGCUUCUCUUCUUGUGGAACUAAACUCAAUCACAAAAGUACAUUCGAGGUAAGAAUUGGGGCAUCUGUUGAAUGGGGGUAUCAUUCUCCUGUUCGUUCGCAGAGCAAGACGAAGUGGAGGCUGCUGCUCUUGACUCAGUCACGGUAAAGUCCAUAAGCUUUGGUGAUGACGACGAGUGCAAGACUCCAAAGAGAUCUGUCAAUUUCAAUGACGGGUCUCUAGAGCCUAGGAUUUUGAAAUCUUUGGGAUCUGGCAAAAUGGUUGUUGAGAAAUCUGUUAGCUUUAAAGGGAUGCACCUCGAGAGAAUGAUCUCUCUUAACAGGUCUGUCUUCAAAGAAGAUUACAACAACAAUAAAGAAGACAAUGGCUUUGAGAUUGCUGCUAAAGAGUUCUCUGUUCUUGAUCCGAGUAAUCCCAAACACGAAGCUGCUAUUAAGCUCCAAAAGGUUUACAAGAGCUUUCGUACUAGACGAAAGCUCGCUGAUUGCGCUGUGCUCGUAGAGCAAAGCUGGUGGAAACUUUUGGAUUUUGCUGAGUUGAAGAGAAGUUCAAUAUCUUUCUUUGAUAUUGAGAAACAUGAAACGGCGAUUUCAAGGUGGUCUAGAGCGAGGACUAGAGCAGCUAAGGUUGGUAAAGGUUUAUCAAAGAAUGGAAAAGCUCAAAAGCUUGCUUUACAACACUGGCUUGAAGCGAUUGACCCGAGACAUCGGUAUGGACACAACCUGCACUUUUACUACAACAAAUGGCUCCACUGUCAGAGUAGAGAACCUUUCUUCUACUGGCUUGAUAUCGGCGAGGGGAAAGAAGUAAAUCUUGUGGAGAAAUGUCCGCGGUUGAAACUUCAACAACAGUGCAUCAAGUACCUUGGUCCGAUGGAAAGAAAAGCUUAUGAGGUGGUUGUGGAAGACGGCAAAUUCUUCUACAAGCAUAGCGGAGAGAUUCUGCAAACUUCUGAUAUGGAAGAUAGUGAAUCCAAAUGGAUUUUUGUGCUCAGCACAUCUAAAGUGUUAUAUGUUGGGAAGAAGAAGAAGGGUACGUUUCAACAUUCAAGCUUCUUAGCUGGAGGAGCUACUGUGGCUGCAGGAAGACUAGUUGUUGAGAAUGGUGUUCUCAAGGCUGUUUGGCCACACAGUGGACAUUAUCAACCUACAGCUGAGAAUUUCAUGGACUUUCUCUCUUUUCUAGGAGAGAACAAUGUCGAUAUCACUGAUGUUAAGAUGAGUCCUACAGAUGAAGAUGAGUUCUCUUUAUACAAACAGAGAAGUACUCAUAUGAGAAACCAUUCUUUGGAAGAGGAGUUGGAAGCUGAGAAGACCAUUAUUGCUUUUCAAGAUAAGGCCGAUGCAACUAGAGAAGAACAAACUCUUGUGAGGGUUGAGUCCAUGUCAAGAAAGCAAAGUGAUCUCGAGACACCGGAAAAGAUGGAAUCUUUUAGCACAUUAGGCGAUGAGAUCCAAUCCGUGGGAUCGAAGUCAACAAAAGUAUCAGAAGACUACGAUUCGGGUGACGAUGAUGAAGAGGAAGAGGAAGAGAUGUUUGACUUAGAACAAGAGUCGUCAGUGCCUUCAGAGCAGAGCUCACCUAGAGGAGGAGAAGAGGUAGAAACCAAGGAGAGUGAAGUAGUGAAGGUCACAGAAGAAUCAAUCCUGAAAAGGAUCAAUUCAAAAAAGGAAACUAGAUCUUUCCAACUCGGGAAACAACUAUCAUGCAAAUGGACAACAGGUGCAGGACCAAGGAUCGGUUGUGUAAGAGAUUAUCCAUCAGAGCUUCAGUUUCAAGCACUAGAACAAGUGAACUUAUCUCCGAGAAGUGCUUCUGUUUCAAGACUAUGUUUCUCAUCGUCAUCUCAAAUGCAAACGCCUCAAAUGUCACCGUUAUGGCGAGGAAUGUCACUACCAGCAAAUAUAUUACACACACAAAAUCUUAACUGAUGCACAUUCAUAAGUUUUUUUUUCUCCCGAUCUGAUCUAUUCCUUUUUUGUGAAUAGAGAAGAUGAUGUGACUUAGAAAUUCUUUUGUAUUCUUUUUUCCCCUUUUUUACUGUAACAGAGUAGCAUUUCAUUUGUUUA